ACUGUUUUUGUCCUGUCUGCAGUGGGAAGAGGUGAGUGGAUACGAUGAGAACAUGAACACCAUCCGCACCUACCAGGUGUGCAACGUCUUUGAAUCCAGCCAAAACAACUGGCUGCGGACCAAGUACAUCCGGAGGCGAGGAGCGCACCGCAUCCACGUGGAGAUGAAAUUCUCCGUUCGGGACUGCAGCAGCAUCCCCAACGUCCCGGGUUCCUGUAAGGAGACUUUUAAUCUCUAUUACUACGAAUCAGACUUUGACUCUGCCACCAAGACUUUUCCUAACUGGAUGGAAAACCCUUGGAUGAAGGUAGAUACAAUUGCUGCCGACGAGAGCUUCUCGCAGGUGGACCUUGGUGGGCGGGUGAUGAAGAUUAACACCGAGGUGCGCAGUUUUGGGCCUGUCUCCAAAAAUGGUUUCUACCUGGCCUUCCAGGACUAUGGGGGCUGCAUGUCCUUGAUUGCGGUCCGUGUCUUUUACCGCAAGUGUCCCCGUGUGAUCCAGAACGGGGCGGUCUUCCAGGAAACCCUUUCGGGAGCGGAGAGCACAUCUCUGGUGGCAGCCCGGGGGACGUGCAUCAGCAAUGCAGAGGAGGUGGAUGUGCCAAUCAAGCUGUACUGCAAUGGGGAUGGAGAGUGGCUGGUGCCCAUCGGCCGCUGCAUGUGCAGGCCAGGCUACGAGUCGGUGGAGAAUGGGACCGUCUGCAGAGCUCCGAUUCCCUGGUGAACACUAAUCACUGGGCUGAGCACGAAGGGAAACGUUCGCUACAAAUGGGAAGCCCAGAAGCUGUUUCUCCUUAAACAGCUCUCCUUGGACAUCUUUGAUCUGUUUUGGGAUGGCUUCUGAUUCAACGGAAGACACCUGAAGGCCAGCAGGAGAAAAAUGGCAAUGAAGGGUUAGAGCAGCCUCCUAGAACAGGUUUAUUGCGCAUACAGAUGCCAUGCUCAGUGCGGGAUGCACAGGGUCAGACACCUGUUGCAUGUGAGCCCAGGGCUUCAGAGCCAAUCUGAAGUUGCUUACACUCCUGUGGCUGCAGCACUGAUGUCUGUGGGAUGCUGGACACAAUCCAUGGUCCUUAGUGCAGACCUUCCUGCUGUCAUGGUUGACUAUGGCUGUUCUUAGCCCAUAAGCUGUGGCUCAGCAGAGUAAAGUUUGGUAGUUCUGUGCAGACCAAACACAUCCAGGAGGUUUCUGCCAGAGAGUUUCCCAUGCACGCUGUGUGUUCAGAUCUUUCCAGAAACAUCAUGGUGUUUUAUCAGUUUGCAAACAUCUCUGCUGUUCAGACAGCAAGGGAAACAAGGCAUGGAUGGAGUGCUGCUUCCUCCUGUCUUCUGGCACACUGUUCAUAUUCUCAGUGCCUGUGCUGUCUUGUGGCUGUAAGUUAUGCAAUUUAAUGAUGUGCCGUGUUAAAAAAUACAUCCUUUGUUUUAUGCAUG